AUGGCGCUCGACGAGUACUACCACAACAAGAUCGAGGCUAUGAAGCUUGAGAUCCUUAAGGGACAAGCCGCGCUUCGCCGUCUCGAAGCUCAGAGAAAUGACUACAACUCCCGCGUGCGAUUGUUGAGGGAAGAGCUGGGUCUGUUGCAACAGCCUGGUUCCUAUGUCGGAGAAGUCGUCAAGGUCAUGAGCACCAAGAAGAUUUUGGUCAAAGUCCACCCGGAGGGCAAAUAUGUGGUCGACGUGUCGGAUAGUGUUGAUAUCGGCAAGCUCACACCAGGAAAGCGAGUCACCCUCCUGUCCGAUAGCUACAAACUUGAGAAGAUGCUCCCCUCCUCCGUCGAUCCUCUCGUCUCUCUCAUGAUGGUGGAGAAGGUUCCCGACAGCACAUACGACAUGAUUGGUGGUUUGGACCAGCAGAUCAAGGAGAUCAAGGAAGUUAUCGAACUUGGUCUUAAGCACCCCGAACUCUUCGAGUCUCUUGGAAUUGCACAACCCAAGGGUGUCCUGCUAUACGGUCCCCCUGGUACUGGAAAGACACUACUGGCACGAGCUGUUGCUCACCACACUGCCUGUAAAUUCAUCCGAGUGUCAGGUUCCGAACUGGUCCAGAAGUACAUUGGUGAGGGUAGUCGAAUGGUGCGAGAGCUCUUCGUCAUGGCUCGAGAGCACGCCCCAUCCAUCAUCUUCAUGGACGAAAUUGACAGUAUUGGUUCCUCACGAGUGGAGGGCUCUUCAGGAGGAGACUCUGAAGUCCAGCGAACUAUGCUUGAGUUGCUGAACCAGCUCGAUGGUUUCGAACCCACUAAGAACAUCAAGGUCAUCAUGGCCACCAAUCGUCUCGACAUUCUCGACCCUGCCCUACUGCGCCCAGGACGUAUCGACCGAAAGAUCGAGUUCCCCCCGCCCAGCGUCGAGGCCCGAGCGGAUAUUCUCCGCAUUCACAGCCGCAAGAUGAACCUGACCCGUGGUAUCAACCUUACCAAGAUCGCGGAAAAGAUGAACGGGUGCUCUGGUGCUGAGCUGAAGGGUGUGUGUACGGAAGCAGGCAUGUACGCUCUCCGAGAGCGAAGAGUGCACGUCACACAAGAAGACUUCGAGCUUGCCACAGCAAAGAUUCUCAACAAACACGACGAUAAGGAGGUGUCUCUUGGCAAGCUUUGGAAGUGA